GUAAUCGCAUCACUCCACUUGCUGCAGCCUUUGGUGUUUACUAGUCCUUCAAUGAAAAGAUGCGGGGCCUUGGAUAACACUGGCGAGAUGCCGUUUUGCUUACAAUGAUGUUGCACUGGAAUGAGGAAGUGCAGUGGAGAGGGGAGGGACUGCGAGCUGAGCUCCAUCCUGCAACCGCGCACCGAGCAGCACAUGGAGCUGGAGAAGAGUGGGACAACUGUCUGUACCAGCACUCGCUAGCGCCCAAAGCCACCACACCAGAUCAUCUGCAGAACAUGGAAACAGAUGAGGCACAGGAUAUGUCCCAAAGUACAGGCAAAGAAACCCCUCCUGUAAAUGAACUCUCUGAAGAUGUAGAGGAACCAAUGCCAGUACCAGAAGACCUUUCUGCAAGUUCUGCAGCACAGCAGAAUUCCAAAAAUGAAAGAAUUUUGGCUGGUAAUAUUAAAGUAGAGACUCAGAGUGAUGAAGAGAAUGGGCUUGCCUGUGAAAUGAAUGGUGAAGAAUGUGCAGAGGAUUUACGAGUGCUUGAUGCAUCUGGAGUGAAAAUGAAUGGUUCACACAAUGGCCAAAGCAGCAAAGCUUUUUCUGGACUAGGAGGCGUUCGACUUCCAAAUGGAAAGUUAAAAUGUGAUAUCUGUGGGAUCAUUUGCAUCGGUCCUAAUGUUCUCAUGGUGCACAAAAGAAGCCACACUGGAGAACGUCCCUUCCAAUGCAAUCAGUGUGGUGCCUCUUUCACCCAGAAGGGCAACCUACUGCGCCAUAUAAAGUUACAUUCUGGUGAAAAACCCUUCAAGUGUCACCUUUGCAACUAUGCCUGCCGCCGCAGAGAUGCUCUUACAGGUCACCUGAGGACUCAUUCUGUUGGCAAACCUCACAAGUGUGGAUACUGUGGAAGAAGUUAUAAGCAGCGCAGCUCUCUGGAAGAACAUAAGGAGCGCUGUCACAACUACUUGCAGAGUAUGGGACUGCCAGGUAACCCAUACCCAGUAGUAAAAGAGGAAGGUAACAACCAGGGUGAAAUGGCCGAAGACCUGUGCAAGCUGGGAUCAGAAAGAUCCCUGGUGUUGGACAGAAUAGCAAGUAACGUCGCCAAACGUAAGAGCUCUAUGCCGCAAAAAUUUGUUGGUGAAAAAAGGCUGUCGGACCUUCCAUAUGACACAAGUGGCGGCUAUGAAAAGGAGACAGAAAUGAUGCAGACCCAUGUUAUGGAUCAGGCUAUAAACAAUGCCAUCAACUAUUUGGGGGCAGAGUCUUUGCGUCCUCUUGUACAGCCUCCUCCUACCAACUCUGACAUGGUUCCAGUUGUAAAUGCUAUGUACCCACUUCACAAACCUCACAGUGAUGUUCACCCUCGUACAAACCACACAGCCCAGGACAGCGCAGUGGAAAACUUGCUCUUACUUUCAAAGGCUAAGUCCCUGUCAUCAGAAAGAGAUGUGUCACCCAGUAACAGUUGCCCGGAUUCAACAGACACAGAAAGCAAUAAUGAGGAAAGGAGUGGCCUUAUCUUCCUGACAAAUCACAUACCACCACAGGCUAGAAAUGGUCUUGCAUCUGUAAAAGAAGAGCACAGGCCUUAUGAUCUUGUAAGAGGAAGCCAUGAUAGCUCUCAGGAUGUGUUUAAAGUAAUAAACACCGAUGGGGAGCAAGUAAAAGUUUACAAGUGUGAACAUUGUCGAGUACUUUUCCUAGAUCAUGUCAUGUAUACUAUUCAUAUGGGCUGCCAUGGGUUCCGUGAUCCUUUCGAAUGCAAUAUGUGUGGCUAUCGUAGUCAGGACAGGUAUGAAUUCUCCUCUCAUAUCACCAGAGGAGAGCACCGCUUUCAGAUGGCAUGAACCGUCUGGUUUAAAGAAAUUGCAUGAACAGAAAGCACAACAAUUGAAAACAUUUUUAAAAGAAACUAACUUUAGAAGCUACUGUGUGUGCUGUUGCCCAGGGGGAAAAGUUGUUUUUCCCAUCACUUCUGUAUUUUGUAUUUAAAAUUUAAUCAUAAUUGUUUUCAGGGGGUUUAUUUCAUGUAUUUUUACAUGAUGAGUUAGAAGCACAGAUUAUUUUGAAUAUGACUAAUAUACGUUUUUCGUCUUACUCCUUUGUCAGAGACUGUUAUUUCAUUUUGAUAUAUUUUCCCCAGUGUCUAAGACUCGGUCAUCUUAUGUUGUAGCACCUGACAUACCAGUAUAUGUCAUUAUUGCAUAUCAGGUCCCCAGGCCAUAUGGUUUACUCACAACUUGUAUUAUUGUUUUUGUGGUUUCAACAAAAAUCUGUUUUUUUUUUUACUGUAGAAUGUUUAUUUUGUGAUCUUAUUUGUGGUGCGUUUUAUUUGUUUUCAGAUGCAAUACAACAAGACCUUGCCUACUGUAAUCUAGUGACAAUUUUUGAUGUCCUGUCCUUCAUUUAUGCUAUUUUACCUGUCACGUGCCUUAUAUUAUUUGUUUUUUGACAUUUAGCCUUUGUAAAUAAAAUUAAUUUCUCAAAAGAGCA